GAGAGAUCGAAGUGUGGGCAACAUUAAAGUACUUAUCCAUCAGAAUCAUGUUGAGAUCUUUGCUUCAAAAGUUUCUUCUUCCUCUUCCAUUUCCUUCUUCAGUCGUCACUUUCUGGUACUGUUCUGCCAUACUCAUCAUCAUCAUCAUCUUUCAACAGAGCACUAUUAUAAUUUCUUCAUCAAUUGUGAGUCUGCCAAAUAAUGAAACCAUCCCAGCAGUAAUUGUGUUUGGAGACUCUAUAGUGGAUACUGGCAACAAUAACUACAUCAACACUAUGGUCAAGUGCAAUUUCUUACCUUAUGGUAGAGACUUUGGUCCAGGAAAUCUUCCUACAGGCAGGUUUAGCAAUGGUAUGGUUCCAUCAGACAUCAUAGCUGCAAAAUUUGGGGUCACGCAGCUUUUGCCGCCUUAUCUUGAUCCUGAACUGAAACUAGAAGACCUUCUCACUGGCGUGAGCUUUGCUUCUGGUGGUGCCGGAUACGAUCCUCUCACUGCUGAACUAGUGUCUGUGCUAUCAUUAUCAGAUCAACUGGAGAUGUUCAAGAAGUACGUGGAGAAGAUAAGGGAAGCAGUUGGAGAAAGCAAAGCAGGAAGCUUUAUAUCAAAAAGCAUAUACAUAGUGUGUGUAGGAAGUGAUGACAUUGCGAAUACUUACAUUCAAUAUGCCAUCAGAAGAGCUCAGUAUGAUAUUUCUUCAUAUACUGACUUCAUGGCAGCUCAAGCCUUAAGUUUCUUACAGGAACUUUAUGGAUUAGGAGCAAGAAGGAUUGGGGUGUUCAACAUACCAGUGUUGGGGUGCGUGCCGUCACAGAGAACAAUAGAAGGAGGCUUGCAGAGAGAAUGCUCAGAGUUUGCAAACCAAGCAGCUGCACUAUUUAACUCUAAGCUGUCCUCUCUAAUUGAUACGCUUCACAAAAACUUGCCAGACGCAAGGCUUGUCUACCUCGAUUCCUAUACCCCAUUUCUUCAUAUGCUUCAACGUCCUGCUCAAUAUGGAUUUGAAGUAAUAGAGAAAGGAUGCUGUGGCAGUGGAAAUAUAGAAGUGAGCAUUUUGUGCAACCCUUACACUUUAGAGAUGUGUUCCAAUGACAAGAACUACAUUUUCUGGGACAGCUACCAUCCAACAGAGAAGGCCUAUUCCAUCCUUGCUUCCCUCGUCAUUGACCCAAAAAUCAACCAUUUCUUCUGAGAGAGCUAAUCCCCAAAUAAUCCACCUCUUAUUAUUUGUUAUACUAAUUAUACCUUAUAUUUUCCCCCUUCUCCUUGCCAAUAUUUGGUAGUAAUGUGUAACAACUAGAUCUAGUUGUGACG